AUGAGUGAUGCAGUAGGAAACAAUGGAGAUUUUGAAGACACGGUUGGUCCCGAUGAAAAUAAUUCAUUGAUCAAAAAAAUAAAUAAUCGUACAGAACAGCCAAGUCGAUGGUAUCGAUUUAAUGUAUUAACUAAAUACUCGGCAAUUCUACGAGGUUCGUAUGCUAUGAACGACAUGCAUUUUAAGCAACGUAGUCGGGGUUAUCAAGCCACUUCGUGUUCCGUAGUCGCAAUAGUUUUCGGACGUUUAUUCGAGCCUAAAGAUUGGACGAAAGAUUAUGUCGAUCAAAUUUUGGAAUACGGUGACAAGUUAUUCCGUAGAAGCAUAACCAAGAACCAUGUAGCUCCUGGCGUUUAUUUGACAACGAAUCUCAUUUAUCCAGAAUUUUACAUAGAUGAUUAUAAGUGUCUAAUAUGCGUUGAGGAGGGCAUUGUCCACGGAAGUCUCUACAGCGCGAGCACUGGCUGUCCAGAUUUUGCAGAAGGUCUUGGUCGUUUUUUCAAACUGAACGAUUCAGGAGUAGUGACAACGCAAGGAACUUCGGUAGCAGUUUGGAAUCACCCAAAGGCCGGAUAUAUGUACUACGAUCCUUCACCCUGUGAUAAAGAUGGUGCUAAGAGCAAACAAGGUACCGCGUGCGUUAUAAGAUUCAAGAACAUCAACAAAAUGACGGAAUUGUUUCUAAAGGGUCUCGAUCAUCGAUACGAUUCGAGAUAUUGUAUUGACAAAGUGAACGUACUACACGUGGCCCUCAUUGAUCGAGGAGCUUUCGAAAGCGAAGAUCAGCUGGUCGUGGAUAAGAAUAUUCUGCGUACCCUCAACUCAGAAGACGUCGAUGAUAAUAACAACUUGGAGUGCACUCGUCCUACUCCAAAACAGCAAAAAUCUUCGACGAUAACAUCAGGAGUUAUACAAAAAGAACCGGUGAAAGUAACAAUUUCGAAUUACAAAAUCGAUGAACGUCUAGCUACUGAGCCUUUGGUUGAUUUUAAAUCUCUCGACACCGGCUAUCCUUAUUAUGACAUGGAAGUGAACAUUCCGUCAACUUUCAAGGUAUUGUCCGAUAAAAUGGCCAUCCUGCAUGGCUGGACACAUGAAUCGAGUGACAUAUACAAGGGCAAGGGAGCCCAGAAUGUGGCGAACUGUAUUUCUGCUAUGGCUAUGAAACAAGUUCAUCCGGUGAAAACAUGGUUACGACCAAAACUUGAUGAAAUAUUAGCCCAAGGUGAUAUUUUGUAUGCUCAAGUGAAAACGGAUAAACCUAGCAUGAAAACAAUGACAGCUGCCGACUUUGAUGACACUACAAUAAAGAUCGAUAACAAGAGAAUGUUGAUCGACGUCGAUCUGCUUACUAUCAUUGGAACAAUAAGUUCCAAGAUUCCUUCUGUGCUAAGUCUAAAAGAGGCCUUGGAAGAAUUUUUUCUCGUUAAUAAAGACGGAAUAAUCGAGUGCAGUUCAAUGGCUCUUGCCGUUUGGACACAGGAUGAUUACUAUUAUAUCUUUGAUCCGCGUCAAUGCGAUGCGACGGGUACGCGUAUCAUUGUGGAAAAAGGCAAAUCAGCGAAAACUUCUAAAAAAGGCGAUUCUUCGGUAGUAGACAAAAAGGUCAAAGGAAAGUGUUGUGUUAUACGCUUUUCCGACAUCGAUUCUUUAGUUGCCGUUUUUCUGAAUAACGUUGACCCCGCUAAGAAGAACGAUCGAUUUACACUUCGGGGUAUAAUAGUGACCGACGAUUUACCAGGCAUGAGAGUGUGGAAUGAAUUUCAGCCGGGUGAAAUCGGUAAGACUUGGAUAUUGCGUGGUGGUAUUUCUAAUCAAGACGACAGAUUUGAACCUGCAAGUCGAGGCGUUCAAGGUAUCGCGAUGCCGAUCGUUGCUCUGGUAAACGCAACUGAAACGUUGCCAGAAAAAUGGACCAAGGACACGGUCGAUCAGGCUGUUAAAGAUGGUGACGAGUAUUACCGUUGGUCUGUACCACUAGAGGGCGAAGGAAAUCAAAUUUUACGAGUGGGCGAUGUCAAGAGAACUCUCUACGUAAAAAAACGUAAGGUUAAAAUCGAGUUACAACAAUCUUCGAUUGUUGGUAAUCUCAUCGCGAGCGAUGACAGUAAGAUGCCAAACUUGUGUCGAGGGCUAACCCGUUUCUUUGAAACCCAUCAAUAUGGUAUAGUUGAAGCAAAGAAUUUGUCGGUUGCCGUAUGGAAGUCUGAGUAUGAACAUAAAGACAAAACGAAAGCAAUUUUUUAUUAUUUAUACGACGCUAAUCCGAGAGACAAACUGGCCCGGAGAUCUUCCCGAACUGACGAGGAAUCGGUGGCCUCUGUUGUCCGAGCAAUCGAUCUUGCGGAAUUGGCUCGACUCAUCGAGACUAGUAUCGAUCCGAAUGACACAAACAACGAUGAGUUUGUCAUCCACGAUUUCAAAGUUACCGCAACCAGUGAGCCAAUGACUGAUGAAGAGAUUGACAUCGAUAAAGCUACACCUGUAAAGCCCAACUUGAAUAAUUACAUGGAGAUCGAUGAAAACAGUGCUUGCUUGAACGGCAGUUUCGAUCAAAACAAUGAGAUAAUGUUCAAACAUCAAACACGAGACAAACAGCAAGCUGCCAAUGGUUUAGUCGCAUUGGCAAUGAAGAAACUCUAUGAUCCUCAUCUUUGGCAUAGAGAAGUCGUGGAUGAUAUUCUGAAAAUAGGAGAUCGAGUGGCACAGCAGUAUUCUGGAAACAUACCCGAGCCAGAAGAGGAGCAAGAAGAAGAAGGAGCUACAGCUAGGGAUUACCUUCUACCGAUCGAAAUUGGCGAAACAUUCGAUAUAGGUGUAAAUCAGAUAACGGUGAAUAUCGAUGAGGCUUUGGUAAUGGCAGAAAUGUCAGAGCUCACGACAAAUUUGGAGAACUUUUUCGCCGAAAAUUCUAUGGGAAUAUUUCGUCAAGACAAAACGAUGUUACCAAUUUGGAAAGAGGGUGAUGUAUUUUUCACGAUGGACCCUAGAGGUCGCGACACUACUGGAUCCCCGAAAGAAAAAGAUGGCACAGCAACGGUCUUAUGGUUUACUGGGAUUCCUGCGCUCGCUUCCAGUCUUCAAUUAUCCGUCGCAAAAACCGAUGGCAAUUUCAUAAUUGACUCAGUAACACUUGCACAUGAUUUUAAGAGUCGCGUAAAGGAAAAUGAGCGCCCAAAGAAAACUACGUCAAGCGAAGAUCUGUGGCACAAUUUUCCGAAAAAAAUUGAGGGUAUAUGGGAGCUUGAGGGAACUAUAGCUCUGGAUGAUGAGAGGUUCGAUCGGAGCAAUUGGAAUAAGCAAACAGCGGCAAUAUCUAUAAUGGCAGUCAUUUUUUCUAAAGCAUACGAGCCGCGUCAGUGGAGCAGCGAAGUGCUCGAUGAAGUCGUGAUCACUGGUGACAAAUUCCACACCCAAUGUCUGAAGCGUUUGGGUUACACAUUCAUACCAAAUAUUAACGAAAUGACCAGAGAAUUUUUUCUUUCGAACCGUAGAAUUGAUUUGACUAUGGAGGAUAGCGUUGAGGCCGGGUAUAUAACCGGAAUACCGCCAAAGGUUCAAGAUAUACGUACAGGUCUUGACAAAUUUUUCCAACGUUACAAUUCUGGAGCCGUUACAUUCUUCAAUGAUUUGAACAUUGCAAUAUGGAAACAGAACAAUUUUCAUUUCUCCGUAAUACCAUUUGAAACAUUAACUGUUGGUGGUGUCAUUCAGGGUCGAGUGCGCAUCAACCGUUACGCAGAUGUGAAUAUUUUGGGACGGCACCUACAAGAGUUAAUGGGUCCCGAUGGUGAUUACAUAAUAACAAUGAUCGACGUAGCUGAUUCGUACCAAAGUCCGUCCUGGAAGUCCGACCCGAGCCCAGCUAUACGCCCAUCCAAUUUACCUCCGUUAAACGCCUAUCACAAACUAUAUGGACUUGAAGGUGAAGCCCGUGCCAUUUUGCGUGGUGAAACCCAUCAAGGGGCCCAUAUAUUUCCGGAAAAAAUUCGCAAUAGGCAAACAGCAGCUAACUGCGUUGUAGCGGUGGCAAUGUCAGUUGUCAAGGAUCCAGUGACAUGGACCAAGAAAACAUUGGACGAAAUACUCACAAUCGGCACAAAUCUACACUGUGAAACAGAAAAAACGUCGCCUAUGAAAGAUAGAUUAAAACCGACCGACAUCGUCAGAGUUUUUCACUUAGGUCUCAAUGUAAUGACAGCUGACGUAGAAGAAUCAACAGUUUCGGGCCCGGUUGCCGUGCCUCCACCAGAACCAGAAGUUAAGGGUAAGGGGAAGGCGAAAAAAAAGAGAACACCCAAGCCGAAGAAAGCUAAAAAGGGUAAAAUCAAGAGAAUACCAGCCCCUCCAUCGCCGCCGAUAUAUCUCGAAGAGGCAUUACCGAAGUUUUUAGAAAAAAAUCGCGCUGGUGUUAUUGUAACAGGUCGUUACAUGGCGGCUAUUUGGAAGGAGCAUGGUAUCUACUUUAUGUUUGAUCCACGUUCCUGCGGAGAUCACGGGUUACGGGAUGAUAACGGUACAUCGUGUGUUAUGUGGUUCGCUUGCUUGGAACCGCUGUACAAUCUGAUAUUCGCUAAUAUCGACGAUAAUGAGAAAUACAGUCACUACCAUAUAAACCGAGUGAUUGUAAGGCGAAAUCUCCUCGAGCCGUUACCAUGUCCCGCUGGAUUCCGACCGGUUCUCGAGUGUAACAUACCAUCAAUUCCAGUCACCUCCACCAUAAAUACUUCAAUCCUGAACGUCGAAGUUCUAACAGAAUACAAAAUAAUUGACGCCGACGUUGCAGUUCUACGCGGUAGUUUGCACAUGAGUGAUCGCACAUUUGACAUAAAAAGUCGUGGACUUCAGAGUACCGCAAUUGCUGCCGUUGCGAUAGUCGUUGCUGUUUUGCAUGUUCCAUCGACUUGGACAUCUGAGCUGGUUGAUGCUAUUCUUAAAUACGGUGAUCUUCUCCACGCGGACACGAUCAAAGUUGUUCGUCCGGGAGCUCGAAAUCUCUCUCCCAUUGAGCUACUAACUGUCUUUGUAGUCGCUGAUUUUCGUGCUAACAUUCAUAUCCAUCGACAUACAGCCGCUGGAAUCCUUCAUGUUUACGACCUCCUUCAAACUCUAACACUAUUUUUCCGCAACAAUUGUUCGGGUAUUCUGCACACUCCCAAUAUCGCGGUCGCUGUUAUGCAACAUUAUGGAAAGUUUUAUCUGUUCGAUCCUUUGGCUCGUAAUGACUUGGGCCGUCAAUCUCAUGAUGGGGUCGCAUGCGUCGUUAAAUGCCAGAGUGUCGAGAGACUCGCCUGGCACUUUGUGACCAACUGCAACUAUAAAGUACCCACUGUUUAUACACUCAACGCCGUUAAUGUUCUCAAUCUACAUUUCUACGAAGAUACUAGAAGCAAAUGUCCACCAUUCUGCGAUAAACAAUGA